GAGCACACUAAACCAACUCAAGUUACUGUUGCGGGGUGAAAAUAUUUUUCACACGUUUUCACUCAAGGAGGUCUGUCUAGAUGUCCAGUCAGCUGAACUGGAGAGGUUCGACAUGGAAACAUCUAGUAACUUUUGGUUUUCUGUGGAAAAUUCUGAUGAAUAAUCAACGUGGAUGAUAAAACGGUAGAAGAGAAUGGGCUGAGCUUGUGCUGUGAGAGAUAAAAGACAAGAAACUUUUUGUACAAAUGACAAAUACAGUCCUGGAGGAAGCUCCAGUAAUGAGGAGGCAUGGGCAAUGAUGGAAUUCAGAUAUUCAUCACCACUUUGGCCUAUAUCUCUUAGCUAAUCGUAUUUGUUCAGAAGCUGCCCUGGCCGGUCGCCUUCUCUAAAACCCAAAGGAUUUCAGCUAGCUCCCAUUGGAUAUAAUGGCAGGUGAAGCAGUAAAUGUGAAGGAGUUCCAAGAAUUGGCAAGGGAAGCCCUUCCAAAAAUGCACUAUGAUUUUUAUGCUGGUGGAGCCGAGGAUGAGUACACUUUAAAAGAGAACGUGAAAGCAUUUAGUAGAAUCACGAUCCUGCCCAGAAUUCUUGUGGAUGUAAGCAGAAUAGAUUUGUCAACUUCCGUAUUGGGGUACAAUAUCUCGGCGCCCAUUAUGAUUGCUCCAACUGCCUUGCAUAAGCUGGCACACCCAGAAGGAGAGGUUGCCACAGCCAGAGCAGCAGCUGCAUGUAAAACCGUAAUGGUUCUAUCCUUCACGUCUUCCUGCACUGUAGAGGAGGUUGCUUCCAGCUGCAAUGCUGUUCGAUUCUUUCAAUUAUAUGUAUACAAGAGGCGAGAUAUAGCAGCUGUUUUGGUGCAGAGAGCUGAAAAAAAUGGAUACAAGGCUCUUGUCCUAACUGCUGACAGGCCCAGACUUGGUCGAAAGGAGGCCGACAUAAGAAACAAAAUGGUUGCACCUCGAUUGAAGACUCUUGAGAAUCUCUUAUCAAUUGGAGCUGCAUUUGAUAAUGGUUCAAACUUAGAAGCUUAUGCUAAGGAGAUAAUGGACGCUUCCUUGAGUUGGAAGGACAUAGAAUGGUUAAGAUCAAUUACAAACAUGCCAAUUCUUAUCAAGGGAAUACUUACUCGUGAAGAUGCAAUAAAGGCUGCAGAAGUAGGUGUUGCUGGGAUUAUUGUCUCCAAUCAUGGAGCUCGUCAGCUUGAUUAUACUCCUGCUACUAUUACUGUCCUGGAAGAGGUGGUUCAUGCUGUUGGAGGUAAAGUUCCUGUUCUCUUUGAUGGAGGAGUGCGGCGAGGAACGGACAUCUUCAAGGCAUUAGCCCUUGGGGCACAAGCUGUCCUUAUUGGAAGGCCUGUUAUCUUUGGGCUGGCAGCAAAGGGGGAAUAUGGGGUGAGACGAGUCAUCCAAAUGCUGAAGGAUGAGCUUGAGCUCACCAUGGCGCUAUCCGGCUGUCCAAGUGUGAAGGAUAUUACUAGAAGCCAUGUGAGGACAGAGCGUGAAAGACUCCCUUCAAUGCUUUAAUGUUAUAUUAUUGAAGCAUUAAGAUUGUAUGGUGGAGAUAAAUGACUCAGACCAUCAAUCAUACAUGAAAUUAUGUAAUGGAUUUUCUGAUUGGAUAGUUAAUCAUAGCCAGGUAUACAUUCAUACUCAGGUCUGGAAUAUCUUACAUCUUGCCAUGAAUCUUCAAUUAUUAAGUUGGCAUGUAUGCAGAUUGUGGGUUGGGCCAUGAAAAAUUUCGUCAGUCAUAUCUUUUCUUGUAGUUUAAGUAAAUGCGGUUGAGUUCCACAUGUGGAAAUUCUACUUACAGAA